AUGAUAUCGACAUUUGAAGGAAUUCUCAAAAGAAUAAAAUAAUCUCUUUUAAUAUUUAAAGAAAGGGUUAGAGCCUAAUCAAACUCAAGAUCAAGUUAAUAAAAAAUGUAUUAAAAAUUUAAAUAACAAAAGAAUGUUGAAAAAAGAGUUAAAGAAAAUAAGAUUAAAUAAGAGAAAAAAAUUGAUCUCACAUAAUUCAAGGAAAAAAAAAAAUAAAAAAAAUUUAGGUCGAAUUCAUAUAUUAGAAGAAGCAGUGGAAUAUAAUGAUUCAACAAUUUAGUAAAAUUCAGAAGAUUCAGAAUAUUAUUAUGACAUAAAAAUUAAUUUCGACGAUGUUUUCUAAAAUUUGAGAAAUAGUUUCGAAAAGCUUUACAGAAUAAAAAAUUCUUUGUAAAAAUAGUAUUCAGAAAAAAAAAAUAAUUUAGAAGAUUCUAGAUAGUAUUUUAAUAAAGGUAUAUUUCUAAAUAAAUGAUAUUUAAGCUAAUAGUCUAUCAAAAAUGAACAGAUUUGAAGAAGCUUUGUAAGAUUAUGAUUCAGCAAUUUAGAAAAACCCAGAAAAUUUUGACUUUUAUAAGGGCAAAGGUACAAUUAACUAUUGAUGAUUUCAUAGCUAUUACAUUAGAUAAAAUGAAUAGAUUUGAGGAAGCUUUGGAAAAUUAUGAUUCAGCAAUUUAGAAAAACCCAGAAAAUGCUGACUUGUUUAAAUGCAAAGGUACAAUUAACUAUUGAUGAUUUCAUAGCUAUUACAUUAGAUAAAAUGAAUAGAUUUGAGGAAGCUUUGGAAAAUUAUGACUCAGCAAUAUAAAAAAAUCCAAAAGAUUCUGACUAUUAUUAUAAUAAAGGUAUAAAUCAUUAUGGAUGAUAUUUUAGCUAUUACAUUAGAUAAAAUGAACAGACUAGAAGAAGCUUUGGACAAUUAUGACUCAGCAAUAUAAAAGCAUCCAGAUAAUUCUGAAUAUUAUAAUUGCAAAGGUAUAAUUCAAAAUGGAUGAUAAUUUAGCUGAUACAUUAGAUAAAAUGAACAGACUAGAAGAAGCUUUGGACAAUUAUGACUCAGCAAUAUAAAAAAAUCC